AUGGCAGACUGGCCUCGCCAGCCAAAACACUUCCCCAACUCCAAUCCAUUUACAUCGAGCAACUAUGCUGCCCCUAAUUCAGAACGGCGGCCACAGCAGGAGCCUUCGCCAAAAACCUCACCCCGACUGGGCCCUGCAAUCCAUGUCAGAGAUAUGAGCAACACAAGUGACAGCAGUGAGACCAGAGGACGACCUUCCCAUCGAGUUCAAUUUACUCUUGGGUCGGAUGGAUCGGACGCGAGUCCGGAAGACAUCCCUCUGCGAGAUUAUAUGGAUAAUUCUCCUCCCUCUGAGCCUCAGGUGCCUGCGUUUGUCCACCGGCCGUCCCUUCCUACAUUUAAGUCCUCUGACUUCCUCCCCAUGUACAAUACUCGGGAUUCACUCUCUGCACAAUCCUCCCCGGGAGCAAGCCCUAUUGUGACCCCCCUUGGCAGCCCUGGGAGGCCUCCGGACUCAAUAUCAGAAGCCCAGUCAACAGAAUCUUCAAAAACCAAAAACAGGGCAAUCCAGACAGCUUACGAGAAGGCUCAAAGUCUCGCUUCACAGGUUCGAAGAGCAUCAUAUUUCCAUCGUCGCCGGAGGUCCGAUGAGGAAUCGUUAUCGCAGGAUCUAAUUGAGCCCCGUCAUGAAGGACGGCAUUAUUUGAGACGGUCGAGGACUGGAUCUAAAGCAGCCUAUGAGCAUGAGCACGACCGAGAACGGCAGUUCACACUUCGUGCUGAGGAAGCCAGCGAAAUUGUGAAGAAUAUUCGCGCCAAAGCGGAACCCAAGGACAGGCGGCAUUAUUCUAUCGAUACACAGUCCAGCGGUUCCCAGUCACCACCUGUACAGCAUGGGCGAAGUAUUCUGACAGAUAUUCUUCGAUUGGGCCAACUUCACGAGGCAGAAGCAAACCGUACAUCUCAGCAGCAGGUUCCAACGCCGCAAGCCAAUGCCUCUCCUCUCCUUGCACCCCAUAGUGCUCCCACCUCGGGAAAAACAACACCGGGGAAAUCUACCCCCCGGCCGAAAUGGUAUGAGAAAAACAAAAAUCCUUCCGCACUGUCACUUAACACUCUCGGCUCGGAAGCCACUUUGACCGGAGGUGGUUCAGGCGCUGGAUCCGCAGGACGGCCAGAGCUUAAACGAUCUCGAAGCAGCGGCUUGAUGGUCAAUGCAGUCAAGAAGAUAUGCAACAAACCACGUCUAGAAGAUGAAAUUCGUCUCACAGUGCAUAUUGCGGAGACCAUUUCUCGACAACGGUACCUUGAGAAGCUAUGCGAGGCCUUGAUGGCCUAUGGGGCACCAACCCAUCGUCUCGAGGAGUGCCUAAGAAUGACGUCUCGUGUGCUUGAGCUUGAUGCCCAGUUCCUAUAUCUCCCUGGUUGCAUGUUCGUUUCAUUCAAUGAUUCAUCCACACACACUACCAGUUUGAAACUGCAGCGUUGCGACCAAGGUGUUGACUUGGGCAAGCUACAAGAUGUCCAUCAGAUAUACAAAGACGUGGUGCACGAUAUGAUUGGCGUUGAGGAAGCAAUGCAGCUCCUGGAAGAAGUCAAGACUGAGAAACCAAGAUACAAUGUAUUGACAUUGAUAUUUCUGUUUGGGCUUGCCAGUGCUGCUGUUGGGCCCUUUGCGUUCACUGGCCGUGUGAUUGAUCUCCCGGUCUCCUUUGCCCUCGGCUGUAUACUGGGAGCGCUCAAGUACAUUGCCGUUCCACGCUCUCGUCUAUAUGCCAAUAUCUUCGAGCUCACUGCCGCCUUGCUCCUCUCGUUCCUCUCUCGUGCCAUUGGAAGCAUCCGACAUGGCCCGGGUGAUGAUCGUCUCUUCUGUUUUCCCGCGCUCGCACAGUCCUCUAUCGCCCUUAUACUACCAGGCUUCAUGGUCCUGUGCAGCAGUCUCGAGCUACAGUCGCAAAAUAUCCUCGCCGGCUCGGUACGACUGGUUUAUGCGAUUAUUUACUCCCUUGUACUUGGUUUUGGAAUGAUGCUGGGCACGACCUUUUACGGCAAAAUCGACCACAACGCUAGUUCAGCGUAUAUCUGCCCUACCAGCCCCAACCGAAACGAAUAUGCCCAUAAUUUCCCGUCCGUGAUAGCAUUCACCAUCUGUCUGACGCUGAUUAACCAAGCGAAAUGGAAGCAAGUGCCUGUCAUGGCUAUCUUCUCCUUUAUCGGCUAUCUGGUGAACUUCUUUACCAGCAAGGCGUUCCCGCAUAACCUACAGAUAGCGAACUGCAUGGGCGCCUUUGCCAUCGGGAUCAUGGGCAAUCUCUACAGUCGACUUGGCCACGGCCUGGCUGCCGCGGCCAUGCUUCCAGGAAUACUGGUCCAGGUGCCCUCCGGAUUGGCAGCAAGCGGAUCUCUGGUCUCAGGUCUUGCGUUUGCCAACCAGGCCAACUCAGCAGGCCAGCAGACAGCUGCUAACCAGACGAUGAGCACUGCAAGUUCAACGAUAGCAAGUGCAACCUCCGCAGCCACGACAGCAAUAGCAUCUGCUCUGGCCGGCCAUCCUGGUGGGUCUGGCUACCCUGGUGAUCCAGCUUUCCAGGAUCUAGCAGCUCGGAUUGGAACGAACAAAGUGUACGGUGAUGUUGUUUUUGAUUUAGCAUAUGCGAUGAUUCAAGUGAGCAUUUCCACAACGGUUGGGCUAUUUCUUGCAGCGUUGAUUAUUUACCCCGAGGGAAAAAGGAGAAGCGAGCUCUUCAGCUUUUGA